CUUCCGCCACCAGAAAUUUAACUUUCAGAUGCACUGAGUGAAAAUUAUUAUUAUUAUUAUUGUUAUUAUUAGUACUGACACUCUCGGAUUUUUAGAAUGAACACCACUCUGAAGCACUGGAAGGAGGCGGCCACUCUCAUUUUAACCGCAGGUCACAGGCUCGGGGCGGACGGUUUAUCGUCGAGGACGCCGCUGACAGCCGCCACAGCGUCGCCGCUGGGCAGCAGCUAUGGACGGUCACCCCUGCCGCACAUGUCCUCCUUUGAUUACGACGUUUUGCUGCUUAAACGAAGCAGUAAAAGCGGCUUCAUGCCCAACGCGUAUGUGUUUCCCGGCGGCAUGGUGGACUCCUCGGACUUUUCCAGUGAAUGGCUGGACAUUUUCAAACCUUUCACGAACUCUCCCAAUUUUGGUUUGAGACGUGUCAAGCAAGCCCCGGAGACCAGACCUCCGAUAUUCGCCACAGACCGACUGAAACUGGGCUCUCCUAUCCCGGGGGAGGUCGCCUUCAGGAUCUGCGCCGUGAGGGAGACGUUUGAGGAGUCUGGUGUGCUGCUGGUUGUGUCCAAACAGGAAGAGGAGAGUUUGUUGAAAAGCAUAGAGGACAGAUGUGCCGUUGACCGAGUGCUACAUUAUAAUGCGAACGAGGACGACAGUGGUGAGCUCACCAAGUGGAGGGCUCUGGUCAACCAAAACCCCUCCAACUUCAUCAAGAUGUGCAGAGAGUUGCAGGUGUUGCCCAACAUCUGGGCUUUGCACGAGUGGGGAAACUGGCUGACCCCCGCGGCCCGAUACGGUGUGAAGAGGUUUGACACAGCUUUCUUCAUCUGCUGCCUGCAGGAGACACCGCACACGCUCCAAGAUGAGAAGGAGAUAGUGCGGUUUCAGUGGUCCACGCCGUCAGAGAUCCUGCAGAGCUACCAGGCAAAGGAGUUGUGGAUCGCCCCUCCACAGUUCUAUGAGCUCAGCCGCAUGUGUCGCUUCCCCUCUGUGAAUGACCUCCACAACUUCGCCAGCCAGCGAGCCACAGAGGGUUGUGAGCGGUGGCUGCCUGUUGUUGUCUUAAAAGAUGAACACCACAUAUCACUGCUCCCAGGUGACGGACUUUACCCUUCAGGACAGACUCAAGCGGAUACAAGCACAGACCAUCAGCGGGAAGAUGCUCAGGAUGAUUCUUCACUGCACCGCAUGGUGAUCACGAAUCCAUAUAAUACAUCUCUACAAAUCACCAUCACGCCCAAGUACAACCACCUGCUGCCAGUUGUCAAGCCAGCCUCGUCACAUGACUCAACCAGUCAGCUUUGAGUUCAUUCUAAUAAUUAUAUUAUUAUACAUUUUUAUUUACAGCGGCAAUCUGAAGUGCACCUUAUGAUUUCAUUUGACUGUGCUCUUUUGUUUUCUCAGGUUUUUUUGGUCAGUUUUGUCAUGUCACUGAUAAACUUUGAUUUGUAUUAAUGA